AUGGUCAGUAUAGAAGAUCCAACUCUAAAUCCCAAUAUAAUUAAGGAUCAGUCCGCUGGAGAAGCAGGAAUAAUUGCUGGAGAUAUUGCGGGAGAAAACGAAGGAUUAUUAAAUAAGUCAAAAGAUUCCAGCUAUCAGGCGAUUAAUGGAGCUUCAAAUUCAGACGAGAAUUAUGAUGAUAGCGAAUAUGCAUUGCCUAAGGCACAAUUGUAUACUAUUGUUUCUGGGUUGUUUAUGGCAUCAUAUUUGGCAGCUCUAGACACGACGGUGGUUACAACUUUGUUGACUGUGAUCGCUUCAGAUUUAAAUGCAGUUUCCAACAUUUCGUGGAUUGCCACGGCCUAUCUUUUAUCAUGCUCUGCAUUCCAACCACUUUUUGGAAAGUUGUCUGAUAUAUUUGGAAGAAAAAUUUUAUUGGUGCUUUGUAGCAUUUUUUUUCUGAUUGGAUGUAUGGUUUGCGUUACGGAUUCUUUAAUGUGGCUAGUUGUAGGAAGAUUCAUUACUGGGAUUGGUGGUUCUGGAUUAACCACUUUAGGGACAAUAACUAUGUCAGACUUGAUUCCGUUAAGAGAAAGGGGGUUAUACCAAGGAUUGGCUAACGUUUUUUUCAGUCUUGGGGCUGCAUCAGGAGGUGUAUUAGGCGGUAUUGUCGCAGAUUCUUUAGGCUGGAAAUAUGUGUUCAUUUUACAGGUUCCGUUAGGUGCGUUGGUAGGGAUCGUUCUUUGGUGGAACUUGAAUUUACCAAAGGGCUCCCCUGGCUUGGGUACUCCUGGUGUAGACAUUAAAUCCAAGUUGAAGCGUAUAGACUUUUUGGGCUCUUUCUUUUUGAUUACAUCUCUCAUGGGCAUUAUGAUUGCCGCAUCAUUAGGAGGUAGAGACAUUGCCUACUCUUCCUAUACAUUUAUUGGCUUGGUACUCGUAUCUUUAUGUUUAUUGGGAUUUUUUCUCUAUACGGAGGCUUACAUUUCUGCUGAACCUAUAUUGCCAAUUGAAUUGAUAACCGAGAGAACAAUUUUAUCGUCAUCUUUAACCAAUUGGUUCUACACUAUGGCAAUUUUUCUGAAUUUGUAUUAUUUGCCGGUGUAUUUCUCGUCGGUCAUGGGUUUCUCUGCCACGCAAAAUGGUUUACGUUUGAUACCUAAUUUCUUUGGAGUUUCCACUGGCUCGGUUUGUGCUGGUAUAUAUAUGAAACGCACUGGCCGUUACUAUAGUUUUGCUGUAUUAAUGGGUGUUAUUUCAAUUCUUGGGUUUGCUAAUAUUAUCUUAAUCAACCCAAAUGUUUCCGAAUUCCGUCAAUUUACGUUUUUGUUACCAUCUGGGUUUGGUUAUGCGGCAAUGUUAACCGUUACAUUAUUGUCUUUGAUUGCAGCUGUGCCAACAAAAUUCCAAGCCUGUACGACAUCAAUUCAAUAUACAUUCAGAUCUACAGGCUCAACGUUAGGUGUUUCAAUGGCCUCUGCUAUUUUCCAGAAUAUUUUAAAGGGUCAGUUAACUACCAGAGUCCACAAUUUAAUUCCUAAUAUCCAUAAAGCUGACAAGAUUAUUUCCAGAGCAUUAGAAAAUACUAACUAUAUUAAGGAGGCUCCAAAGAUCGUUCAGGGCGCACUUAAAGAAUCAUAUGGGUUAGCUUGUAAAGGAGCCUUUAGUUUUAGUUUGAUCACAAUAAUUUUAGGUGUCACUUGCUCCUUAUUCAUGAGAGAGCAUGUCUUACAUUCGAGCAUAAGCAGAGGAUAA